CACUGCAUCACGCCUCGCCUACCUGCUCUGUAGUUAGCUUAGACCAGUUAGCAUCGAGCUGUUAGCCUGAGAUUCGGUUUUCAGCAUCAUCAUUAGAUUAACAGACAGUAACCAACCGGCUAACCGACAUAUUGAUGGGCCUGCGUGGAUGGAUAUAUCUAUAGCUGGAUAGGCUCGGCUACAUUUCUCAGGAUUCUGUCGGCGGUUGUUUCGCUAUAAGCGCGGCGGAGCUUCGCCGGGAUGGACGGAAGAGUUAACUUAGCCACGAGCCGAGCUAACGGCUAAAGAUGCCGGCCAGAAACGACCCAGCUGUUCAGAGGAGGGGACAGUGUUGAAGGCGUGAAGCAGAACAGCAUUGGCUUUUACUGGACCCUAGAGACAAUGGGAAGGAUCAGUAUCUCCUGCCUGUUUCCAGCAUCAUGGCACUUUAGCCUGUCUCCGGCCGUGCUUCCCCGGUUCAUGCUCCCCUCCUUCAGGCAGCUGCUCCUGCUCGGACUCCUGGCAUCAGUCCUUGGUCUCCUCUACUUUCUGCUGGUCUCAGGGAAGGGACAGAACAUCUGGGUCAGAGAAGACAAGCACUAUCACAGGCAUUUGGCGCGCGUGACGGACGUGGAAGCCACGGACACAAGUAAUCCCAACCUGAAUUAUGGAGUGGUGGUGGACUGUGGGAGCAGCGGCUCUCGUGUGUUUGUGUACACUUGGCCUCGACACAACGGCAACCCUCACGACCUGCUGGACAUCCGGCAGAUGAGAGACCAACACCGGAAGCCUGUAGUCAUGAAGAUCAAACCAGGUAUCUCUGAAUAUGCAACCACACCAGGAAAAGCCAGUGACUACAUGUAUCCUCUGCUAAGCUUUGCUGCCCAACACAUCCCCAAGGCCAAGCACCAGGAAACCCCACUGUAUAUACUGUGCACUGCAGGCAUGAGAGUUCUGCCAGAAAGCCAGCAGGAGGCCCUGUUGGAAGACUUACGGACUGACAUUCCUGUGAAUUUCAACUUUCUCUUCUCUGAUUCUCAUGUGGAAGUAAUUUCAGGAAAGCAGGAGGGUGUGUAUGCAUGGAUUGGAAUAAACUUUGUUCUGGGGAGGUUUAAUCAUGUAGAUGAUGAUCAGGAUGCUGUUGUGGAGGUGCAGGUUCCCGGUGGUGACCAGCAGGAGACGCUGGUGCGCAGACGCACGGCUGGAGUGCUGGACAUGGGCGGGGUCUCCACUCAGAUAGCAUACGAAGUGCCCAAAACUGUAAGCUUUGCUUCUCCACAACAGGAGGAUGUGGCGAAAAACUUGCUGGCCGAGUUUAACCUGGGGUGCGAUGCUCAUCGUACAGAACACGUUUACCGUGUUUACGUCUCAACCUUUCUGGGGUUCGGUGGGAAUGCUGCCCGACAGAGAUAUGAGGAACAGCUUGUGAGCAACACUGUCCUUCAGAACAAGCUCUUGGAUCAGCAUCGUGGUGAGACCCCUGACUCACCUUUACUUGACCCCUGUAUGCCUACUGACCUCCAGGAUGAGGUGGGUCCCACUGGCCAGAGGCUUUACCUCCGUGGAACCGGAGAUUUCGAUCGUUGCCGUUUGCUGCUCCAGCCUUUUCUUAACCACACCAACGAGACCAGCACAUCACUGAACGGGGUCUACCAGCCCCCUAUAGACUUCACCAACAGCCAGUUCUAUGGCUUCUCUGAGUUCUACUACUGUACAGAGGAUGUGCUGCGCAUGGGGGGCAACUACAACUCCACAAAGUAUGCUAAGGCUGCUAAGGAUUACUGUGCCACCCAGUGGAGGGUUCUUAAAGAACGCUUUGACCGUGGCCUCUAUGCUUCCCAUGCUGACCUACACAGGCUUAAGUACCAGUGCUUUAAGUCUGCAUGGGUGUACGAGGUGUUCCACUCCGCUUUCUCCUUUCCUAUGGAGUACGACAACCUGAAGACUGCGCUGCUUGUGUACGACAAAGAAGUGCAGUGGACUCUGGGAGCUAUUCUGUACCGCACACGCUUCCUACCUCUGAGGGACAUCCAGCAGGAGAGUCUGAAGGGCUCUCACUCUCACUGGCAUCGCGGUUUCACCUUCAUGAAUAACCACUAUCUGUUCCUGGCUUGCUUCCUGGUGGUGGUACUCUCCAUCCUGCUGUAUCUUCUCCGGCUGAGACGCAUCCACAACAGAGCCACCUUGCUCCGCGGGUCAUCAGUUCAGUGGUUGGAAGAGGGGCUGGGCUCUCCAGAUCUGCCUGUCACCCUUUAAGGCAAUGGAUCCUUACAGUUUUUGAAUCAGUACAGUUUUUUCAGCUAUUUGUGUUUUUGUUUUUUUAGUAAUGUCUUGGCCCCUGUGAAUCAGCACAUCUUUCUAAUGGCUUGAGGAGGGCCUAGACUUUUAAGACCUUCAAAACUAUCACCAAACAUGACUUCGGCCUACCAGUCUCAACCGAAUGCCACCCUUUCUUCCCAGUCUCUUAUUGUUAGGACCUUUCAUAUCAGAUCUUUUCAUUAUAAUGUUGAAAAAUGACCUCUGACGUCAUGAAAUGAAAGCUGCUUAUGGAAAAAGGCGUUUUGGUCUUGAAGACUGUUGCAGAGUGCCUGAAGAGCUGGAUGUGCUGGCCCUUUCCGGCCGCCCUCAGUUCGGCAAUGAGGCUCUCUGUCUCUGUCUUGAAUAAUUUAAAGACUAUGAUUUUUGCUGCCUUUAGCUUUUUAUACCUUAAUGUGAAGGGGGUACUGAACGUAAGGUGAGCAUGAUGUUGUGUGUAAGCUCUCUUUCUCAUGGUUUAAUGAGGGCGCCUGUGUUUGUAAAAAGAUUAAGUGGCAGCUGCCUCACACCCAUACACUCCACACUUUUUUUUUUUUUGUCUGUUUGUGCCAAAGAGAAAACAAAAUGUAAAGCUUGUUGGUUCAGAUGAACACUACUAUCAGUACUGGCAGACAGCAGAAUAAAAUUCAUCCAAAAACUUGUGGGUUUGAUAUUAAAGAAAUACGCCAUCGUUUUUCUAUUUAGUCUUCAUUUGAAUGGCUAUGUUCUGUUUGGGUCAAGAACCACAAAUAAUGUGUUUUCUUGCUCUGGUUUUCAGUUUAAGCCCCGGAUCUUGCUGCUUGCCAUCAGCAGCCAGAGUCAGAGAGAGCUCAAUUGACCUUGCUCUCUCUGGGUUGGUAAAUAGUGCUCUCUCCAGACAUCAUUCCUAGAGUGAUCAGCACAGACAUCUUUACAAAAUGUUAUACUUUAUAGUAAAAAUAUGAAAAACUAUAGACUCUUGAGUAGAGAACUUAUAUUACUAGCAAAUGAGAAGCUUCUGCAUUCUGCUAGUAAAAACUCUGUCCACUUUCAUACACAGUAAAACUAGUUCUGGUUACUUUUGCUGCCAUCAAGGGUUGUGUAAGGGGGGGGGGGGAUUGCCCACACCAUUACGUAGGUAAUAAAUUCAUAAGAAUUUGUAUCUGUAAAAUUAGUCCCAUCUUUCAAAGUUCUCAGAAGUGUAAUUUGCACAGGUCUUUAUUCACAGAAAUGAUUUUUUCUCCAACACUAUGGACAUUCACAAAAACUGCUGUCUGUGGUAAUAAACCACAUAAAAUCAAUUUGUUUAAGUUGAGUAUUCCUUUAAGAUCCACUAUUAAUUUUAGUACUGAUGUGGCUAUUAUUGUUUUGAACUUGUCAUUUGAAAAACACUUGAACAUAAGGCAUAGCUUUUCUUUAAGUCUUGCUAAUAAGCAGUCAUGGAAAAACAUCUGAGCUUAUGACUUGAGGGAACAUAACUCAAUCAGCCAAGACGUGUGGUGUUCUAUAGUUUAGCACUGCAGCUGGGACGCUAGCAUUGAAAAGCUAACAAACAUUAGUUACCAAUAGUAACCCAAGUAUUUUCUCUUCCCAUAUAGCAUUAUAGUUCUUCCUGCGUUUAGCUAGCUAAACUGCUGGUGAGGUUUUGUUUCUUUUUAUAGUUUAGAGUCCAUCAUAGCCCUAUCCAGACGGCAUUCAUUUCUCAGGGGAUCCUGGGGUAAUUUUAUCUUUAAUGGAGGGUCCUAUGUGAUUUAAUUCCCGUCCGAAACAACCAUGUACAAGUUUUUCUCAGCCGUCCACUGAAAAAAAUGACAGGCUAAAUUACCUACUGUUUUUCACUUAACUUAUUUUUUUUCUCGUCUGGACGCACAUCUCUGAGUUUCGUCACCUCACAUUUAAUAAAAUAGCUAUUUGUCCACUGCCACGCACCGUAAUUACACUUUGGGUGUGCGUUUUCACAGAGAUCCACAUAAACACAACACAACAGCAAGUGGAAAUGGAGGAGCUAUUGAACACAAUGUCAUGUGACCUAGAAAGCCAAAAAUCUCACUGGUCCUCCUGUUUUUUUUUUCAAUUGCAGUCCGGAUGAAAGAGUUUUAUCACUGAGUAGAAGAGUGAAAAAUUUUUCACAGACAUCCUCCUGAGAAACUAAUCCUGCCCGUAUAGGGCUAUAAAGUGCCUCAAAUGUUUAUCGACAAGGCUGCGCACCCUUUAGUAGGACCUUCAUCCAGUUUAAGCUGGUUGUUUAGAAAUGUGUAAGAAUGCGUAUGCAGAACCGAUUGGAGUGGCUGUUGACUUCCAGGGUUAGCAAAGUUAGCCUUGUAGCUCCUUGUUGUGUUCAACUACAGCUUUACCAUGAAGUCGUGUUGUUGAUUGUUUUUUUUUGUUCCUAGUUAGCCAUACUUUGCCCCUGAACCUCAUUAACUAGUCUGUUCACGCUUGAUGAUAAAAACCUUGAUCCAGUUAAAGCAGUUUGUCACAAAUGUUAGGGUUUUUCUUCUAGAAAAUAUUUGAGUGACUAUUGACUUGCUAUUAGCAUGUUGCAAGUUAGCCACAUUGCCCCUUGUGGCUCUUCCUGGUGUUUAGCUACACAACAAAGUUUUGUUCCUCUUUAAUGUUUAAGCUAAGCCAUACUUUGCCUGUAAACCUCAUAGAAAUGUCUGUGGGUCCUUUAUGAAGAGCUGUUAAAGUUUCAGUUUGAGAGGAUUGACAGAAGUGUGUCUGUUUGCAUUUACAAACAAGACUUCCAGUGUUAGCUAGCAGAGUUAGCCUUGUAGCUCCUCGUUGUCCAGAGUAACCCUUCCAGUGUUCAGCUACACUGUGAAGUUUUGUGAAGUUUUGUUCUUUUUUUGUUGUUCAAACUAAGCCAUACUUUGCUUUUUAAAUAUUUUAAACUUAAAAGAGGGUUGACAGAAGUGUAAGUAUGCAUUUAUUAACCAGACGUGUUAAGUGUUAGCUAGUUGGCAGAGUUAACCUUUUUGCUCCAGUGCUAAACUAUUUUUAGCCAUAAAACAUGUCUUGAAUGAUCAACUGAUUAACUAAAAUUGUAAAUUCUGCUCUCUUUUUUUUCCUUUUAGCUGAACUGUUUAUUUAUCCAUUACUCACAAAUGCUAAUUAAAUUCUCAUUUUCCCAGCUUUUUUUUAUAAACAGAAACACAGGCAGACAACUGGCAGCAUGUCUUAGGAGGUACUAAAAGCACCAGAAGUAAGAAAAUAUUGGAACUUUUGAAUUUUGUUUUGUAGAGGACACUGUACUAAUAUUUAUUGACACUCUCUAUGUACUGUUAAAGCAUUUUGAAGAAAGUGUACUUUUCUAGCUUUAUGCUUUGCUAGAUCUGUGUUCUUUUUUUUUUGUAUAUUAUUGAAUCCUCUUCAGUUCUGCAGUUGGUGCCAGUCUGUGUUUGAGAUGGAGCCAGAGACAGAACGAUUGCUUGUGUGCGUUCAUGAGCGAAUUUGUGUAUUCACCUGUUUUUGCCAGUCUUAGGGAAUAACUUCCUCUUUUUCUUAUUAUUGAUUGCACCAUGUGUGUUUAGUAUCUUUUUAUCUGUGCUUUUUUAUGAGUUAUUUAAUAGUCAUUUUCCUGAUGAUUGUAUAUUUUCCUUCCUCUCUUUCUUUCUCUUCCUCUCUGAACAUGUAAUAGAAAUCAGAAGAGAACCAGUGCAAUAUUCAUGUGCAAACGAUUUGGAGGUUUUGGCAUUGCAGCUCCUUGUACAGUAAAUAAAUUAAAGAGUUGAGAUCCACCCACCCCUUUUUCUUUACUUCACCUGACAUGCAUUUGUACCAACUAUAGUGUCCAGGUGACAAUCAUGUCCUGAUCUGAACUCCUUAUCAGAAACCAGCUUGAGUUCAUCUGUGGAACUUAACCCACAGAAACGCUGUUGAAUGAUGUAAAUGUUAAACAAGUGAAACUGGGCUUGGAAGUGUUAUCUCUGUAGCUAUCUACUGUAUUUUCACUGCUGGUGUCUAAUAAAGAGUUAAGGGAAAACUGUA